GCCCUCCCACGUGUGCCGCGCCCACUCGUACUCACAAGUAACAGCAUACCGCCGACGAUUUUUUUUUUGCCUUCAAAGCAACAGCUAGAGAAUAUGAGUACCAUUUUUUGUUUUGUCAGCUGAAAAAGAACCCAUUAGCUUAACAUAAGGAACAUAAGAUGAACAUAGCCCAUUUCUGAUCGACGAACUCCGGCUUAGCUUACCUAACUGAAGUUUCCACAUCUGCACGUCUUUACUUUUAUAGUUUAGCCUAGGCUAGGUAGGUAGCAGCGGCUGUGGAUGGCUGUGCUUGCCGUGUGCAUCGGCCUGGUCGGCUUACUUGCUCUCGCUGGUAUCUUACUAGCUGUGUUCAUCAUGUUCAAACUUCCGAAACUUCCUCCAGAAAUUGACAGCAGAAGAAAAACUCAGAUAUUCUUGAUACAGAGUGGACUUUUUGCACUGUUUGUUAAGAUAAAAGGCAAAUUGAAUGGGAAAAACUUUCUUGUCAAUGCAAGGGUAUCGGCUAACUCCUGGUUGAAACCGAAACCUUCAGUUGUGACUGGGUCUACAGUCAAAUCAAGUGUGCGAGACUUUGGCGGAGUAGCGGUGAGGUUUUAUGAACCCAUAGUAAGAGAGAGGAAUGAUCUACCAGGACUUGUCUUUAUACACGGCGGAGGAUUCAUGUUUGGAAGCGCUGGCAUGUAUGACCAAGUCACUAGGAAAAUGGCUGAAGUGAUUGGUGGUGUCGUCAUAUCAGUAGAUUAUCGCCUUGCCCCUGAGUAUCCGUUCCCUGCUGGGUUUGAUGAUUGCAUGACGGCCACCAAGCACUUCUUCAAGCAUUGUAAGGAGUUUGGGGUGGACCCAACACGAGUUGCUAUAUGUGGGGAUAGUGCUGGAGGAAACCUGGCUGCUGGUGUGGUCCAGGAGCUGUGUUAUAAGACCAACCCGGCACAAGGAAUAUGCAGACCAAAGCUUCAGAUCCUUUUGUACCCACUUCUUCAGAUGCUGGAUCUUAAGACACCUUCAUACCAGAGACACGAUGCAGUCUUUGGAGUCUCUGGUGGGUUCUUACCCACAUCCUCCCUGGGCUGGAUGACACCCCGCUACCUGACGGGCAAGAAAGACGGCAGCCUUACCUCGGCUCUCAUGAAGGGCGCCCUCCACAGCUUUGCCGCUCGGGAGAAUAAUGUCCUGAAGGAGAUGCUGAGUCAUGACUCAGUCCCAGCCAAGCUGAAAUGCGAAGCGUAUACAACCCCAUCGGUGACCGACGUUGAUCCAUCCAUCAAGGAGGUAUGGGACGGGUUCAGACCAAAUGUCCUGGAUACCAGAGUCAUGCCACUGUACAAGGAAGACCUGAGUAGACUCCCACCAGCCUAUAUCAUCACUUGUGACUUUGAUGUACUGAGAGAUGAUGGGGUCAUGUAUGCGGAGCGGCUCAAACAGGCUGGGGUGAAGGCUGUGCUUGACAACUGCUGUGGAGCGCUUCAUGGGUUACUGUUCUUCACUCAGUUUAAGUGGGGUUUGAUUGCGAGAAAGAAGUUGUAUACCCAUCUCAGUGAUGUACUAUGAUGGUAUUUUGUGCACUUGUUAAGUUUCUACUUAGAUAGAUAGAUAGAUAAAUGGAUUUUAUUAAAAACAUCAAACUGAAAUGAACUUGAAUUACAUAUAAAAAGAAUUACAAGACAGUAAACAAUAUACAGUAAAUAUAUUAACAUAGGAAAUUAAAUUAGUGGGUCACUCUCGCAGUGCACUUAAUUUCAGUAAGGAGAAAUACAACCAGAAAACUAGGUAAUGUAUCCAGGCACCCCAAAAGGGGUACCUGUAGAAAAUUAACUUUGAAUACAAUCAUCCAAAGUGCACCACGAAAAUGACCCUGUAAAUACUUAACAUGAAAAAAAAAAAAAAACUAAGUUGUGGAAGCGUCAUGGUGUAGCGGUUCUGACUCUUGCCUUGUAAUUAGAGGGUCGUGUGUUCGAAUCCCACCAUGGCCUAGCAUCCUUUGGCAAGGCGUCAAUCCACACUUUGCCACUCUCACCCAGGUGCUAAUUGGGUACCGGUUGGAAACAACCGUCAUUGUGGUUGGUUUAGCAAGUGUGCGCCUAACGGGCUGCUUGAAAUGCUAUGAAUCCAGUGACCGGGUAAUAAUAAUUGUGAAACGCUUUGAGCAGUCGUAAAUUGAUAAAGCGCUAUAUAAAUGCCAAUUAUUAUUAUUAAUAUUAUUACUUGUAAAUUGAACUAGAUAAGAUUUAUAAAUAUUUCAUGAGUAAAGUUAAAACUAUCAAAAUCGUACACGCAGGAAACCAUUAGGACUUUACUUUGACUAUUAAUAAAAUACUUUACUAUUAAUAAAAUCUGUAUUUUAUAGAUGGCAAAUAUAGCGAUCUUCAACGCUUAUACAUGUAUAUAAGCGUCUAAAUUUGUAGCCAUCUCCUUGUAUUAGUAUAUAUUAUACGACGUGUCAAACUGU